AUGACGGCGGUGCUGGUGACCGCCCGCGAACAGCAUCCACCACAAUUCUCCCCCGAUCCCCUACGGUCGCCCACCACACAGCGCUACUUCCUCGAGGACCACAUCCUGUCCAAGUCGCCGAUGCAAGAUGAGUGCUCGGCCCGGGAGUGCCCCAGCCCCGUAGCCUCGACGCUCUCCUCCAUCCCGCCCUCCCCGAGCUUCACCCCGUCCCAGGAUCAGCUCCCCGACACCCCGACCACCCUGAGCAGCCUCUCCCUCAACGACGAUUUGAUUCUCCCGGCUUAUGACUCCGACUCCGAGGUGUUCCCGGGACCCAAGGGACCCGAGGGACCCGAACUGGAGCCGGAUACGGUUAGCGACGCGUCGGCGGAUGGCGCCACCCACCCCCCCGCGUGGUGUUACCACACCCCGGCCGCGGAUGAUUCGUCGGUCGAGGAGGAACCGUCCAGGCAUGUGGAUUACCUCUCUCAUGAGUGGCGCGAAGAGGAUAUCUGGGCAUCCUGGCGCUAUGUCACCGCGCGGAAGGGCUCCUACAGCAACGGAGUCCGGCUCGAGAAUGCCUCAUGGAGAACGUGGGCCAAGGCGAAGCACAAUCUCGGCACCAUAUCCCCCGAGACAUUGAAUUGGUUGAAGGACUGCGACGUCACAUGGCUCUACGGACCCCUCAAGACAUCGAGUUCCAGCGAUGCCCUGGCAUUGGAUGCAUCUCCACCCCCCAGUCGUCUGGAUACCCCCAACUCCUACCUAGAACGAAAACCGAUUCUCAAGAAAAAGACCAUGUCCGAGACCAUUCUCCAACGGUCGCUAUCCCAACAUACCCUGUUACAACAUGCGGGCGCUAUCCUCAAGGCCCAGGAGGCCGAGAAUGGCUGGACUCGACCGCCACUCCCCCGAUCCAACACCGACAUUGAUCAGCUCCACCAUCGGACCGGGAGUUCGACCUAUUCCUUUGGCGGCACUCUCACCACGUCGUCCUCAUCGGGACUGACGUCCCCAAGUGAGCGGCGUCACAUCCACUUCAACAACGAAGUCGUCCAGUGCAUCGCCGUGGAAGCCAAGGAGGCAGACGAAGAGGCGUGGCCCCUCGCCUUCGAAGAGGAGUCCUCAUCGGAUGAAGGCGUGGUCAUGAUGCGGCAAAUUCCCGGCAAAGCCUCCGUCAGCAACCGAAGCACGCCUCGCAAUAGUUUCAGUAGCGACAGCAAGACCAUUGCGCCCCUCCCCUCCACCACCCUCAAGUAUCGCGGCGAUACCCCGGAGCCGCGAGAGUCGAUCGUCGGCCGGUGGGCUCCGUCCCCAUCCUCCUCCACCUUGUCCCCAACCUCCUCCGUGGAGACGCUUCGACCCUCCCAACCAUCGGCCAACUUCCUCCUGGACGAUGAGGAUGAAGAUCCAUCUCUGGACUUCACCGGUCAGUACCGCCAUCCGGCACAGCCAUGGUUCGUCCCGGAAGAGGAAUCUGAGCUCGCCGACCGCCCGCUGCGACUAACCGCCUCGGGCAUGUUCAUGCCUUAUGGGGACGGUGACGGGGAAGUUGCCAGCCAUGGUCUGCUGGGCCGCGUCGUUGACACCGUCAACACCGCACGCGACAUCGCCCAUGUGAUUUGGAACGUGGGAUGGCGCCGGUGA